AUGGAAAGUAUGUUGAGAUCAAUGAAAGCCUGGAUCUUGAAGCAUAGCGCCUUGAUGUCUAUAUACAUCGCGGCUGCUGCAUUUGCAAUCAUAGCGAUUAUAAUCGUGUUACUGUUGAUCCACUACUACAAAUCACUUCCCAAGAAUCCAGUUUGCGACAUCCACACAUUGCUCCUGAGAAGGCUUGGCCUGUUUGAGUUCUCGUUAGAGGAAAUAAGGGAAACAACGUACGGUUUUCAGGCGAAUCAUCGUGUUGGGUACGGAAGUUUCGGCCCAAUUUAUCUUGGGUUUCUCCGAAGAACGAUCGCAGCAAUCAAAAUUCUGACAGCUUCUUAUCAUCCUAGAUUCUUGGCUGAGUCUAAAAUUCGACAUAUGAAUAUGGUUAAUAUACUGGGUUACUGCUGCGAAAACGGGGAGAAAAUUAUCGUCUAUGAGUACAUGGUUUACGGUAACGUGCGAGAUUAUCUACAGCGCUGCGAUGAGUUAAACCUGAAGAAAAGGAUAUCUAUAGCUCUUGGAGCCGCGAAAGGGUUGCAACACUUGCACAGCUUAACUCCUCCGUUGUCGCACAAUAGAUUCAAGACGGCUAAAGUUUUCCUUGAUUACGGAUUCAUCACGAAAGUUUCGGAUGAGGGAUGGUCAAGACAAGUUGAAAUGAGAUGCGAAGAAGAAGCUAAUGAUGAUGAUGAUCUAGAGGUUGGUUUACAUAUCCAGGAGGCUUUCAAUGGGACUAGCGAUGUGUUUAGCUUCGGUUUGUUUCUUCUUGAGCUUUUAACCGGUGAAGAACCUGGAGAGUUAACAACAAUCGAUGAAUUGAUUGACUGGAUAGGUCCGCGACUUGGCGCAGGCACAUUUGCGGAUCAGAGGAUGGAUGAAGCGGACAUUGAUUGCGAAGCGUUUGACCGUGCUUUGAAGUUGAUGGUGAAAUGCUUUGCGUUCCCGGCGAAUCAACGGCCAAAAAUGGAGGAGGUCGUGACGGAGCUCCAAGAGACUUACAUGCACGUUUUAACCAUUGAAGAAAUGUUGGCCCCAGUUACUAUAGGACCCGAGUUUUUUACAGAUUCAGAGUGAAAGAGAGAAAGC